GAUUCCUCUCUCUCAAAUGCCAGCGUUUCUUACCACCGCCGCACGAGAGCUCUAGGAGCUAAGGCCCGGAGUGAGCUCCGGGCGGCAGGUCUGAGUCUGGCACUCAUGGCCGCCGCCCCCUCCCUUCCCGCCGGACUCCCCGGCUCCCCGGGGUCCGGGUCCCCUCCGCCCCCCAGUGGCUUGGAGCUCCAGUCGCCACCACCUCUGCUGCCUCAGAUCCCGGCUCCGGGCUCGGGGGUCUCCUUCCACAUUCAGAUCGGAUUGACUCGAGAGUUCGUGCUGUUGCCCGCUGCCUCCGAGUUGGCUCACGUGAAGCAACUAGCCUGUUCUAUCGUGGACCAGAAGUUCCCGGAGUGUGGCUUCUACGGGCUCUACGACAAGAUCCUGCUCUUCAAACAUGACCCCACAUCGGCCAACCUGCUGCAGCUGGUGCGAUCGGCUGCAGAUAUCCAGGAGGGCGACCUGGUGGAGGUGGUUCUGUCGGCCUCAGCCACCUUCGAGGACUUCCAGAUCCGCCCGCAUGCCCUCACUGUGCACUCUUACCGGGCACCUGCCUUCUGCGACCACUGCGGAGAGAUGCUCUUCGGUCUUGUGCGCCAGGGCCUCAAAUGCGAUGGCUGCGGGCUGAAUUAUCACAAACGCUGUGCCUUCAGCAUCCCCAACAACUGCAGCGGUGCUCGCAAGCGCCGCCUGUCAUCCACGUCUCUGGCCAGUGGCCAUUCCGUGCGCCUCGGCAGCUCCGAGUCCCUGCCCUGCACUGCAGAGGAGCUGAGCCGUAGCACCACCGACCUCCUUCCUCGCCGACCACCCUCGUCGUCGUCCUCCUCCUCUUCCUCUUCCUUCUACACAGGCCGUCCCAUUGAGCUGGACAAGAUGCUGAUGUCCAAGGUCAAGGUGCCACACACCUUCCUUAUACACAGCUACACACGGCCCACCGUUUGCCAGGCUUGCAAGAAACUGCUCAAGGGUCUGUUCCGCCAGGGCCUGCAGUGCAAAGACUGCAAGUUUAACUGUCACAAACGCUGUGCUACCCGAGUCCCUAAUGACUGUCUGGGGGAGGCGCUCGUCAAUGGAGACGUGCCCAUGGAGGAGGCCGCUGACUACAGUGAGGCUGACAAGAGCUCCCUCUCAGAUGAGCUAGAGGACUCCGGGGUGAUUCCAGGCUCCCACUCAGAGAACGCUCUCCACGCCAGCGAGGAGGAGGAAAACGAGGGAGGCAAGGCGCAGAGCUCCCUGGGAUAUAUCCCCCUGAUGCGAGUGGUACAGUCCGUGCGACACACGACCAGGAAAUCCAGCACCACUCUGCGAGAGGGCUGGGUGGUCCAUUACAGCAACAAGGAUACGCUGAGGAAACGGCACUACUGGCGCCUAGACUGCAAAUGCAUUACCCUCUUCCAGAACAACACGACCAACAGAUACUACAAGGAAAUCCCCCUGUCUGAAAUCCUUGCAGUAGAGCCAGCUCAGAACUUCAGCCUCGUACCUCCGGGCACCAACCCACACUGCUUCGAGAUCAUCACGGCCAAUGUCACCUACUUUGUGGGCGAGACACCUGGCACGGCCCCGGGAGGGCCGAGUGCACAGGGGACGGAGGCCGUUCGGGGCUGGGAGACAGCCAUCCGCCAGGCUCUGAUGCCCGUUUUCCUCCAAGAUGCACCCACUGCCCCGGGCCACACACCACACAGGCAAGCUUCUCUGAGCAUCUCUGUGUCCAACAGUCAGAUCCAAGAGAACGUGGACAUCGCCACUGUGUAUCAGAUCUUCCCGGAUGAGGUGCUGGGCUCCGGGCAGUUUGGAGUGGUCUAUGGAGGGAAACACAGGAAGACUGGCAGAGACGUUGCCGUGAAGGUCAUUGACAAACUGCGCUUCCCCACGAAGCAGGAGAGCCAGCUCAGGAAUGAAGUGGCCAUUCUCCAGAGUCUGCGACACCCCGGGAUCGUGAACCUUGAAUGCAUGUUCGAGACCCCUGAGAAGGUUUUCGUGGUGAUGGAGAAACUGCACGGGGACAUGUUGGAGAUGAUCCUCUCCAGCGAGAAGGGCCGGCUUCCUGAGCGCCUCACCAAGUUCCUCAUCACGCAGAUCCUGGUGGCGCUGAGACACCUGCACUUCAAGAACAUCGUCCACUGUGACCUGAAACCGGAGAACGUGUUGCUCGCAUCGGCCGAUCCAUUCCCUCAGGUGAAGCUGUGUGACUUCGGCUUCGCUCGCAUCAUCGGCGAGAAGUCCUUCCGGCGCUCGGUGGUGGGCACUCCCGCCUACCUGGCACCCGAGGUGCUGCUCAACCAGGGCUACAACCGCUCGCUGGACAUGUGGUCCGUGGGCGUGAUCAUGUACGUCAGCCUCAGUGGCACGUUCCCCUUCAACGAGGAUGAGGACAUCAAUGACCAGAUCCAGAACGCAGCCUUUAUGUACCCAGCCAGCCCCUGGAGCCACAUCUCCUCUGGAGCCAUCGACCUCAUCAACAACCUGUUGCAGGUGAAGAUGCGCAAGCGCUACAGCGUGGACAAGUCUCUCAGCCACCCCUGGUUACAGGAGUACCAGACGUGGCUUGAUCUCCGAGAGCUAGAGGGAAAGAUGGGCGAACGAUACAUCACGCACGAGAGCGACGACGCGCGCUGGGAUCAGUUUGUGGCAGAGCGCCAUGGGAUACCUGCGGAAGGGGACCUGGGUGGCGCUCGUCUGCCGCAGGACCACGAGAUGCAGGGGCUGGCUGAGCGGAUCAGCAUCCUCUGAGACCAGUGCUUCCCGCUGGGCUGCUUUCUUUGGAAUCCUGCACAUCACCGCAGAGUGAAUUGUUCUAAGGGAAGCAGCUUCCUGCACAGACUGGAUGGGGCAAUAUGCAGAGAGACCAGGACCCUCUGUCUUUGUGGUCACUGAAAUAGACUCUUCCCAGGGGGCCACAGUCUUAGUCUCUGAUGCCACCACACUAGAGUCAUUAGGUUGUUGCCCACAAGGACUGUAUGAAAAGGAGGUUCCAAGGUUGGGGAGAGAUGACGGUGGGUAAAAGCGCUUUGCCACCAAGCCUGACAACUUGAGUUUGAGUCCUGGGAUGAACCUGUCUGAGAGACUCGACUCCCGCCCGUUGGCCUCUGACCACCACAGGUGCCCACACAAACACAUGCAAUAAAUA